AUUCUAAUUGAUUAUUUUUCGAAUUAUGAUAGAUUUUCAAAAUAAAUAUUUUAACUAAAUAAAUCGUUUUUCUUAUGGUUUCCAUAAUUUAAUAUUUUUUCAACUUUUUCUACUAUUUUUUAUUAACUUUGAGGAAAACAAAAAGCUUCUUCUUGUACUUUACGAUUUUAUUCUUUUUGUUUUGAUAUAAAAAUAAAAAUAAAAGAUUAAGAAAUACACUGAUCUUCUAAAAUAAAUGCUUUAAUAAUAUCAGCAUCAAUAAGACUUAAAACUUCAAAACUUUUAGAAAAAAAAUUCCAAGAACUUAAUUAUUAAUCAUUUUCAUUUAUUUUAUCAACAACAUAAUAAAUAUUAUCAGAAUCUAAAUCAUCGAAAACAUUAUUUUUCUUUUUUUCUUUAUAAACAGAUUUAGUAAUUUCUAAAAUUUCAAGUAAAUUAACCUUUUAUUUUUUUUCUUAAAAAAUAUAUAUUUUAGAAAAUAAAUAACCUUAUUAUUUUUAUCAAUAAUCUUAAGUAUAAACGAAGAAUACAUUUUUAUUAAUUAAAAAUAUUUUUUGUCUAAUAUUUGUCUAUCAAAAGGAUAUUUAUUUAAUAAAUUCCAACAAAAAUCGCAUUCUUUUAUUAAAUUCAAGUUUUUAUUUUCGUUAUAAAAAGCAAUUUUACAUUUCAAAAUUUACAAUUCAAUUAAAAACUCAAAAUUAUUAAAUUGAAAUUAUUUAUAGUAAUUAAAUGCAAUACUUUAAAAUUUCAAACAAUCUUAAAAUUUGCACAUUUCAAAAUACAAUUCAGCUAAGUUAUAAGCACAAAAAGCUCUAUUUUCUUAAAAUUUUUCAUUUAGAUCUCCUAUACUACUAUAAGAGAAAAAAGCUUUCGAAUAAAAAUCUAUUGACUUUUCUUAAAAGCCAAACUUUUUUAAAAAACCGGCAAAAACUUUAUAUUUUUCAGCUGUUUUAGGAUGAUUAUAUCCAAAUGCUUUUACAAAUCCAUCUAUAAUAUGUUUAAAAAGUCCCAAAAAAUCAUUUUGAGAAUCCAAAAAAUCAUCUUAUUUGAUUUUUUCCAUUAAAAAAAUGAAAGAAAUUUCAAAAUGUAAAGGAUUAUCUUCAUCGAAAAAAUUUUUAAGAAAUUUCAUUAAAAUAGAACUAUGGAAAUUAGCGAUUUUUUUCUGUUCUAAAUUUGCGUCUUUUGUUCCCCC